GACCUGGAGCGCAUGAUGUGCCGGCUCAUCUCAGACUUCCAGCGCCACUCGAUCUCCGACGAUGACUCGGGCUGCGCCUCCGAGGAGUAUGCCUGGGUGCCGCCCGGCCUCAAGCCGGAGCAGGUGUAUCAGUUCUUCAGCUGCCUCCCUGAGGACAAGGUGCCCUAUGUGAACAGUCCUGGAGAGCGGUACCGGAUCCGCCAGCUCCUGCACCAGCUGCCCCCCCACGACAGCGAGGCUCAGUACUGCAGCCCUCUGGAGGAGGAAGAGAAGAAGGAGCUGAAGCUUUUCUCCCAGCAGCGGAAGCGGGAGAAUCUCGGACGAGGGACGGUCCGGCUGUUCCCGGUCACCAUUACUGGUGCCAUCUGUGAGCAGUGCGGGAAGCAGAUCCGUGGCGGGGACAUCGCGGUGUUUGCCAGCCGGGCGGGGCACGGGGCCUGCUGGCACCCCCAGUGCUUCCAGUGCACGACCUGCCAGGAACUGCUGGUAGAUCUCAUCUACUUCUACCAGGAGGGGAAGAUCUACUGCGGGCGGCACCACGCCGAGCACCUCAAACCCCGCUGCCAGGCCUGUGACGAGAUCAUCUUCGCCGACGAGUGCACGGAGGCCGAGGGCCGUCACUGGCACAUGCGCCAUUUCUGCUGCUUCGAGUGCGAGGAGGCGCUGGGCGGGCAGCGUUACGUCAUGCGCCAGAGCCGCCCCUACUGCUGCCGCUGCUACCAGGCCCUCUACGCCGAGUACUGCGACGCCUGCGGGGAGCCCAUCGGCAUCAACCAGGGCCAGAUGACCUACGAGGGCCAGCACUGGCACGCCACCGACGCCUGCUUCUGCUGCACCCGCUGCCGGCUGCCGCUGCUGGGCAAACCCUUCCUCCCCAAGGGGGGGCAGAUCUUCUGCUCCCGGGGCUGCAGCCUGGGGGGGGACGAGGCCAGCGCCUCGGACUCCUGCGACUCGGCCCUCCACGGCCCCCGCCCCCAGGACGGCCGCCGGGCCCCCCUCCGCCGCCCGCCUGUCGCCCGCUCCAUCUCCUUCGCUGGCCGCCCUGCCCCAGCCCGGGGCUCGGACCCUGGCGGGCGGCGCAGCUGGAGCGGGACCCCCGGGGCGGAGGAGGGGGGCGAGCCGGCCGGAUGCACCUCGCGGGGCACCUCCACCUGCCCGCGACCCCCGGAGGAGGAGGAAGGAGGUUCCAAGUCCCAUUUCCACCGCGGCAUCCCCCACCGACACUCCAUGCCCGAGCUAGGCCUGGCCCCGGCCAAGGGGGCCGACUGGACCAGCAGCUCCGCCUCCAAGCUCUCGGUGUCCCCCCGGCUCAGCCAGGGCCCCCCCCUGGAGGGCGGGGGUGCGGCAGCGGGGGAGGGAGGCUUCCCCCGGGGUACCGCCCCCCGAGUGAGCUUCCGCGAGCCCCUGGUGGCGGGCGAGCCGGGGGGGCCCCGCAGCGCCCAGCUGCAUCGGCGCCGGCCCCGCGCCCGGCCCUGCUCCUCCUCCGACAACGCCCUGCACCUGGCGGGGGAGGAGGAGCGAGGGGGGGCUCCCCCCGGAGGAGCAGGGCCGGGGGGGGCGGCGCUUGGUCUAUUCGGCCUCGGAGGGGGCCUUCCCCCCCAGCCACCGGCGCCGCUACCUCCGGGGCCGCGGCGGCCCCUGGCACGACUCCUCCUCCUCCUCUUCCUCCUCGGACUCGGAGGAGGAAGGCUACUUCCUCGGGGAGCCCAUCCCCCUGCCUCCCCACCUGCGGGGCGGGGCUGGCCCCCCUCCGGCCGCUGAGGCGGGACCCCCCCGGCAGGGAGGGGGCAAAGGGCGCCAGGGGCUGCGGGGGGCUCGG